UGAGACUUGGAGUUUGUACCUCACGGGGGCGGGGCGACUGUGCUACAGAGUUUGCUGUGGAAGUGUAGGGAAGAACAUGUGAUAUAGAGAGAUGUGAGCAGCCAAGCUACGUCCCGGUAUGGAUCAUCAGAAAUUCCAUGUGCCUAACCUUAAACAAAAGCACUUGGCCAAGAAGGAGCUCAAAUGCUAGAUGCAAAGUGUUUUUUCUCCAAAUGUUUCCUGCGUGCGUAUAAUUUGCUGCGUCAUAUAGCACCAUGAUGCUUCGUCGUUGUGAUCAGUAGAAUCUGUUGUAACUAUCCCUGGGUUCUAGAAAGGGAACCAGUAAGGUGGCAACCUUAAUGGAGAGAAUGGCCCGUGUUACCACAGCCCUGACAGGCCGCACUAUGUUUUGUCACCUGGACGCCCCUGCCAAUGCCAUAAGUGUGUGCCGAGAUGCUGCCCAAGUGGUGGUUGCUGGCCGCAACAUCUUCAAAAUCUAUUCUAUGGAAGAAGAUCACUUUGUGGAAAAAAUGAAUCUCAGGGUGGGCCGUCGGCCGUCUCUUAACUUCAGCUGUGCCGAUGUCGUCUGGCACCAAAUGGAUGACAACUUGUUGGCCACUGCUGCAACCAAUGGAGUGGUGGUGACGUGGAAUCUGGGGAAGCCAUCGCGUAACAAGCAGGACCAACUAUUUACUGAGCACAAACGGACAGUGAACAAGGUGUGUUUCCACCCCACGGAAGUGUACAUGCUGCUGAGCGGCUCGCAGGACGGAUACAUGAAGUGCUUUGACCUGCGCAAAAAGGAUUCUGCCAGCACCUUCUCAGGGCAGUCGGAGAGCGUUCGAGACGUGCAGUUCAGCAUUCGUGACUACUUCACAUUUGCGGCCACCUUUGAGAAUGGAAAUGUUCAAUUGUGGGACAUUCGGAGGCCGGAUCGAUGCGAGCGCAUGUUCACUGCCCACAAUGGGCCGGUGUUCUGCUGCGACUGGCAUCCUGAGGAUAGGGGUUGGUUGGCUACCGGAGGCCGGGACAAGAUGGUAAAAGUUUGGGAUAUGAACACAAAUCGUGCCAAGGAAAUUUACUGUGUGCAGACUAUUGCUUCAGUAGCGCGGGUAAAAUGGAGACCUGAGAGAAAGUAUCACAUUGGUACCUGCUCUAUGAUGGUAGACCAUAACAUAUAUGUGUGGGAUGUGCGUCGGCCAUUUAUACCAUUUGCAACGUUUGAAGAACACAAGGAUGUGACUACAGGUAUCAUAUGGCGCCACAUGCAUGACCCUUACUUCUUGCUCUCGGGCUCAAAAGACAGUACUUUAUACCAGCACAUAUUUAGAGACGCUCGAAGACCUAUAGACCGUGCUAAUCCAGAGGGACUUUGCUAUGGUCUCUUCGGAGAUCUGGCCUUUGCAGCUAAGGAAAGUCUCAUAUCGUCAUCAUCAUCAUCCUCAUCACAUGACUCUAACAGAAAGCCUUAUGAUCGACGACAUCCAAUAUUUUUCUUGAGGAAGCCAGACCCUACAGAGCAAUUUGAAAACAUUUCUAGUGGCCUGAGCGUCUUUGAGGCGGGGGGUGGUGAUAUGGGAUGGUUUGUCGCCACUGCUGAAAGGUAUGCUUUGGCAGGACGCCCUCUUGCAGAGCUGUGUGACCACAAUGCCAAUGUGGCUAGAGAUCUUAACAGAUGGCAGGUUGCUCAAACAUGGACAAUGCUAAGAAUUAUUUACUGCAGUCCAGGUACCGUUCCAUCUGCCAAUCUGAACCAUAGCUUGGGCAAAAGUGGCUCUACCCUGCCUUUGCUGAACAGUUUCAACCUGAAGGAGCUACCAUCUGGGAUAGUCGGAGAGUCCCGCCUGGAGCACAGUAAGGGGGACAGCCGAACCGAUAGCAUUCUAAUGGAUCCUGCGGCCAUUAAUAAUGAUGAAAAUGAAGAAACAGAGGGCAGUGAUGUUCCUGCCGAUUACCUGCUUGGAGAUGUGGAAGGGGAUGAGGAUGAACUGUAUAUGAUGGACCAGGAACAGCCGCACACUGAGGAGCAGGAGUAUGUCCUUCCUCAGGAGGGCUUCCCCUUACGUCAUGAAAUUAUGGACAACCCCUCCGCUCUGGAUCAUCUGCAGGAGAAAGCGGAGUCGCCACACGUGAGCGGCAAUGAGGCGGAGACGGUGUCCCUGACUCCUGUGGAGUCCUUUUCCCUUAUCGCUAUCUCUCAUUCCCUGUAUGAGAACCGACUCCCCUCCGACUUCUUCAGUCCCACAGUGCGGGACAUGUUGUGCUUCUAUGCCGAGCAAGGAGACGUACAAAUGGCCGCCUCGGUCCUUAUUGUUCUGGGGGAGAGAAUCCGCAAAGAGAUAGAUGAGCAAACCCAGGAGCACUGGUUCACUUCCUACAUUGACCUCCUUCAGCGAUUUAAACUGUGGAACGUCUCCAACCAAGUGAUUAAGCUCAGUACCUGCAGCUCCAUCAACUGCCUGAAUCAGGCCUCCACCACCCUGCAUGUCAACUGCAGCAACUGCAAGCGGCCAAUGAGCAACAAGGGAUGGAUUUGUGAUAGGUGCCGCCAGUGUGCCAGUAUGUGUGCUGUGUGCCACCAUGUGGUGAAAGGACUGUUUGUUUGGUGCCAGGGGUGCUGCCAUGGGGGGCACCUGCAGCACAUUAUGAACUGGAUGCAGAACAAUUCGCACUGCCCUGCUGGAUGUGGGCAUCUGUGUGAAUACAGUUAAGCCCUGUAUCUGACUGACUGCCCCCGUGUAUCUGACCGAAUGCCCCUGUGUAUCUGACCGACUGCCCCCCGCGUAUCUGACCGACUGCCCCCCGCGUAUCUGACCGACUGCCCCCCGCGUAUCUGACCGACUGCCCCCCGAGUAUCUGUCUGACUGCCCCCCGCAUAUCUGACCGACUGCCCCCGUGUAUCUGACCGACUGCCCCCCGUGUAUCUGACCGACUGCCCCCCGUGUAUCUGACCGACUGCCCCCCGCGUAUCUGACCGACUGCCCCCCGCGUAUCUGACCGACUGCCCCCCCGCGUAUCUGUCCGACUGCCCCCCGCGUAUCUGUCCGACUGCCCCCCGCGUAUCUGUCCGACUGCCCCCGCGUAUCUGACCGACUGCCCCCCGCGUAUCUGACCGACUGCCCCCCGCGUAUCUGACCGACUGCCCCCCGCGUAUCUGACCGACUGCCCCCCGCGUAUCUGACCGACUGCCCCCCGCGUAUCUGACCGACUGCCCCCCGCGUAUCUGACCGACUGCCCCCCGCGUAUCUGACCGACUGCCCCCCGCGUAUCUGACCGACUGCCCCCCGCGUAUCUGACCGACUGCCCCCCGCGUAUCUGACCGACUGCCCCCCGCGUAUCUGACCGACUGCCCCCCGCGUAUCUGACCGACUGCCCCCGCGUAGCUGACCGACUGCCCCCCGCGUAGCUGACCGACUGCCCCCCGCGUAGCUGACCGACUGCCCCCCGCGUAGCUGACCGACUGCCCCCGCGUACCUGACCGACUGCCCCCCGCGUACCUGACCGACUGCCCCCCGCGUACCUGACCGACUGCCCCCCGCGUACCUGACCGACUGCCCCCCGCGUACCUGACCGACUGCCCCCCGCGUAUCUGACCGACUGCCCCCCGUGUAUCUGACCGACUGCCCCCGGUGCCUGUAUUCGGAAUGGAGAUGCUCAGUAGUGCUGCUGUGUUUGCACUGUUUCUAAGAGGCUGAAAUGAACAAAUACAGGAAAGUGGGAGUUAUAGUUGCACGAAAGUACUAGGUCUUAUUUACUAAACGAUACAAAGUGCAGAAAAACAAAAGACAUACAGAGAAAUCUUAUGCAGUCUCCAUGUGAUUGGGUUAGAGCAUCUGAUUGGCCAAUCCAGACACAAAACUCAAGUUUGCCUCCCACACAUAAAACGCUGUAUAAUAAAAGACCCUUUCAAAUGAA